AGUAAUAUUGGUUAACCAGCUUGCACAAGUUAUAGGAGCCCUCCACAAGAACGGGCUGGACAGAGAGGCCCAGUAGAGAGCCUGCCGAUGCCGAGCAGAGCAGCCCGUCCUCUGCCAGCGCAGCGCAGCGGGGAAAGCGAUGCCGCCGCCGCCGCCGCCGCCGCCGCCGGAGUCUCUGCCCGUCGGGUUCCGCUUCCGCCCAACAGACGAGGAGCUGGUACGCCACUACCUCAAGCCCAAGAUCGCCGGACGCGCGCACCCGGACCUUCUCCUCAUCCCCGACGUCGAUCUCUCCGCCUGCGAGCCCUGGGAGCUGCCCGCCAAGGCCCUCAUCAGGUCGGACGACCCCGAGUGGUUCUUCUUCGCGCCCCUCGACCGCAAGUACCCCGGCGGCCACCGCUCCAACCGCUCUACCGCCGCCGGCUACUGGAAGGCCACGGGCAAGGACCGCCUCAUCCGCUCUCGCCGAGCAGGCACCCUCAUCGGCGUCAAGAAGACGCUCGUCUUCCACAGAGGCAGGGCGCCGCGAGGCCACCGCACCGCCUGGAUCAUGCACGAGUACCGCACGGCCGAGCCCCAGCUCCAGCAAGGCCAAAACGGCAGCUUCGUUCUCUACCGCCUGUUCAACAAGCACGAGCAGGAACAGGAAGCCUCGGACGCCUCCGACACACCGUCCACAUCGUCUCCUGCCUACCCGCGACCCAUCACGCCGGCCGUGAAAUCUGAGAAUUUGAGCCGACUGGCUACCGUGGAAACGGCUCAUCUUCUUACAACUGCCUGUACUAACAAUGAGCCAACAGCCGCCCAGGGAGGCAAUCUUCUUCUGGAUGUGUUAGCCCAGCUUCCAGACCUGCAAACUGAGCAAACGUAUGAUGGAUUCCCUACCAUCACCUCUCCGAUGCGUCCUUACACUGACCAUCCUUUUCUUGGCAAUGUUGGCGGGCAAGAUCUUUCCGCGUAUUUAGAUAGUAUCAUUGCGCACCAUGAUCUGGAAGACUUGUUGGUCUGCCCUUCUAUGGCGGAGACGGUUGAGCACCCCACAGGAAAUGUUGAGCCCAAUCCUACCCCGCUACUUAUUCCAAGCAGCAGCUCCUCAAACAACAAGAGAUCGACUGAAAAUAGCUGGGCAAACGUAGAUUCAGAAAGGUUGCUCCUAAUCCAGGGUGCGGAUGGCACAGAUGCUGCUGCUUGCUGUUCUUCUGCAACCAAAAUAUUACAAAUCGAUAUGGGUGAUGCUAAUCAUGACACAGGAGCUCAAACUAACUCAUCCUCCAGUGUGUCAGCUCAAGCAUCCCACGUGUACAACCAGUAUCAACUUCAAUCUGCAUUCAUUCCCGAAAUGGAACCACCAAAUAGUGGAGCCUUAUGCUCUGGUGGCUCAUUUACUCCUUAUCCCCAACAUUUGUUCAACAAUAUGGUAGGACCGUCCCGGAGUGACAUGGCUGAUUCUGAUGCCUUUAAUGGACUUGAAGCCCGGGCAGAACCUUCGAUGCCGCAGUUUACAGUUUCAAAUUUCACGGAUCCACACCAAGGGACUGCGGCAAGAAGAAUACGCCUUGUGCACUCUAUUCAGAGGGCAUCAGUCACUGAGCCUGUACUAACUUCAAAUUUGGAGGGUGAAGAUGAAGCAGCGUCAUGGUAUAGCACAGGCAGUUCAUCAACCAACAGUAAUGAGGAUUAUGCCAAUGCUGGAGGAGCAUUGCAUUGUCAAGGUGGAGGGGUGAUACCUGCUCAAGUAGUUUCUUCGAUUGAAGUUACAGAAGAGCUACAGGAUUUCAUAUUUGACGCUGAAUGUUCAUCGCCGCAUGGAGGCAAUCUCAAGCGGAGGCUCAAGCAGGAGUGUAUAGAGAGCAGUCAGGGUGUCGGGCAGCACAGCGUCCAUGUACCUGGAAGACGACGACAAGAGGCUGCACGAAUUGGUUCAGUUGUGCGGUUGCUUUGCCUGGCUCUCGUGGCCUUCCUUGUGUUUGUUGGCCUGGCUGGCCUAGUGGCCUAUAUGGGAAUCUAGCUAGCUAGCUAGCUUACAAAAAGUCACUGCAUCAUUGUUAGCUAGCUAUACCCGAGUUAUUCAGUGUGAUCACUGCAAUAUUCUGCUGGGUUAAGAUAAGGUUGGAAGUGUUGAGAGAGUUGUGUAAGGUAGCCCAUUGAUAGAAUGAAGCUUGUGUAAAUAUGUGAAUGUUACGUAGAAGCAAGGAAGCUUGUUGACAUACCCAGCUGCUUGUGGUUAUAUGGAUCAUAUAUCUUGUGUGUGUGUGUC